AUGAGCAACUUACGGAUAGACUCAGGCUUGCCGGCCCAACCAAAUUUACGAGUUACAAUUAUCGCCGCCGAUGGGCUGUAUAAACGAGAUGUGUUCAGGUUCCCGGAUCCAUUCGCCGUGGCUACCAUCAACGGCGAGCAGACCAAGACUACUUCAGUGUCAAAGAGGACGCUCAACCCUUAUUGGAAUGAAAGUUUCGAUUUUCGAGUGAACGAGGACAGCAUAUUGGCGGUGCAAGUAUUCGAUCAGAAGAAAUUCAAGAAGAAGGAUCAAGGAUUCCUUGGUGUCAUCAACAUCCGCAUCGGAGACAUAAUUGAAUUAGCUGCCGAUGCCGACGAUCAGAUGCUCACACGAGACUUGAAGAAGUCGACCGAUAACUUGGUGGUGCACGGCAAGCUGAUUGUAAACCUGUCGACCAACUUAUCAACCCCAACACGGGGUCAGCAGCAACUCGCUAUACCGCAUCGACCAGCGGUCGGAACUCCUCAACCGUCUUCAGCAUCCUCACUGGCGGCAGGGCCUGUCGACAACAGGCCGAACUCGGCAAUGGGUGGAUCCAACGGUUCUAUGCAUUCACCACAACCCGCAAAUCGUCCUGUCAGCAUGAAUGCUACACCCACAGGGCCCCAGAAUGGCGCCUCCCCACAGAAUCGGAAUAGUAGUGCUAUGAGCCCGUUCGAGGAUGCGCAAGGUCGUCUGCCAGCUGGGUGGGAGAGAAGGGAGGAUAAUUUGGGAAGAACGUAUUAUGUGGAUCACAACACUCGUACAACGAGCUGGAAUAGGCCUACCGCGGCUGGCGGUGCUGCGGAAUCACGGAACGCUCAGGAAGCCGCCACUCAGGUCGAACGACAGCGCCACCAGAAUCGCACACUACCCGAGGAUCGCACGGGUGCGAACUCGCCGACUUUGCAGCAGCAGCAACAACAGCAGCAGCAGCAGCAGCAGGCCGCUGCACAGGCAGCCAACAACCAGACCAUGAUGCAUACGGGUGCUACGAGUCCCGGCACUGGGGAGUUGCCGCCUGGCUGGGAACAGAGGUUUACCCCCGAGGGCCGACCUUACUUUGUCGACCAUAACACCAGGACCACAACCUGGGUUGACCCUCGCCGGCAGCAGUACAUUAGGAUGUACGGUGGCCAGAACAAUGCCAAUGGUACCAUUCAGCAACAGCCCGUCUCACAACUGGGUCCAUUGCCGAGCGGAUGGGAAAUGCGGUUGACCAACACGGCCAGGGUCUAUUUCGUGGACCAUAACACCAAGACCACGACUUGGGAUGACCCCAGGUUACCGUCAUCUCUGGAUCAGAAUGUCCCGCAGUACAAGCGUGACUUCAGAAGGAAGCUUAUUUACUUCCGCUCGCAACCUGCCAUGCGAAUACUCCAGGGCCAGUGUCACAUCAAGGUGCGGCGGUCUCACAUUUUCGAGGACUCUUUUGCGGAGAUAUCUCGCCAGUCGGCAACAGACCUGAAGAAGAGGUUGAUGAUCAAGUUCGAUGGCGAAGAUGGUUUGGACUAUGGUGGUCUCUCGAGAGAGUUCUUUUUCUUGCUAUCACACGAGAUGUUCAAUCCUUUCUACUGCCUCUUCGAGUACUCAGCACACGACAACUACACCCUCCAGAUCAACCCCCACUCCGGCAUAAACCCAGAGCAUCUCAACUAUUUCAAGUUUAUUGGGCGUGUCGUUGGGUUGGCUAUCUUCCACCGACGAUUCCUGGACGCCUUCUUCAUUGGCGCUCUUUACAAGAUGGUUCUGGGCAAGUCGGUGACAUUGGCUGACAUGGAAGGUGUCGAUGCUGAUUUCCACCGAUCUCUGCAAUGGAUGUUGGACAAUGACAUUUCUGGUGGCAUCUUGGAACAAACCUUUUCGACCGAGGAUGAGCGGUUUGGCGUCAUAACGGUCGAAGACUUGAUCCCGAACGGGAGAAAUAUUGACGUCACAAACGAGAAUAAGAAAGAGUACGUGGACCUGAUGGUCAAGUGGAGGAUCGAAAAGCGCAUUGCGGAGCAGUUUGAGGCGUUCAAGACGGGUUUCCAUGAGCUGAUCCCUCAGGAUCUGAUCAACGUUUUCGACGAGCGCGAACUCGAACUGUUGAUUGGCGGAAUCGCGGAAAUCGACGUGGACGACUGGAAGAAGCACACGGACUACCGAGGAUACACGGAGCAGGACGAGGUCAUCCAGUUCUUCUGGCAGACAGUACGAUCAUGGGAUGGGGAGCAGAAGUCACGUCUUCUGCAAUUCACUACUGGUACAUCCCGUAUCCCAGUGAACGGUUUUAAGGAUUUGCAGGGAAGUGAUGGACCGCGUCGCUUCACGAUCGAAAAGGCUGGCGAAAUCAACAACCUGCCAAAGGCACACACGUGCUUCAACCGCUUGGACCUUCCUCCAUACAAGUCAUUGGAGAUGCUCCAGCAAAAGAUGACUAUUGCUGUUGAGGAGACGAUGGGUUUCGGCCAGGAGUAG